ACAAAGGACUUCAAGCAAGCAGCAGUAGCUAGCUAGCACUAGCAUUCACUUCGACAGCACCAGCAGCACGACACACACACUGCAGAAUCCAACUAAGCACAGGCGUCUAUCUCAAGGAGGGUGGUUUGAGCUGAGGAGACACGUUGGACGAUCCCUGUUUAUCACAGGGUAGAGAGAUUUUUGCAGGACCUGUGAGGAAAAUUUACCUUCUUAAACGGACAUUUGACAAAUAGGGGAAGCCCAUUUUUAGUGCUUCUGAGCGUGAUCGAGAGAGCGAGAACACAUUUUCAACCCAGAAACUGGUAGAGAUGUCUCGCAGAAGAAGCCGUAGUCCUAGCCCGCUGCGCACCACCACCAACAGCGAUGACCCACGAGACCUGGCGCGCCGGAUUUUUGUGGGCAAUUUGCCAACGACUCUAAUGGACACGAAGGAUUUGGAAGAACUGUUCAGACAAUAUGGCAAAAUCAAUGCCUUGUCCAUGUUCCGCGGAUAUGGAUUUGUGCAGUUUGAACGAGUGGAAGAGGCAGAAGCUGCAAAGGCGGGACACAGUGGGCGAUUUUAUAAAGGGUACAAACUAGAUAUAAAUAUGGCAGCGGAACGACGACACAAUAAAGCUCAAUCCCGGCCGAGCCCUCCUCGAAGGCAUCCGUACGGUGGCUAUGGGGAGGGCAGGGAUGGCCGCCCUCGGUCACGGUCCCCUAUGCACAACCGCGAAUCACGGGACCACCGAGACGGGCGUGACAUGAGGGACCCAUCUCGCGAAACCUCCAGAGAACGCCCUGGACCACCCAGAGAACAUGGACCCCCACGUGAUCACGACUCUCGAGACCCAGCCUACGAGCGCUAUCGGGGCUCUGAGAGCAGAGAAAAAGAUCCUGCUUUCAGGGAGGAGGGAUAUGAUCGUUACUACCGCGGCAUGGACGAGUACUACAGGAAGAAGGAGGCAUACCGGGAGCCCUACAGAGGAGGAGAACCAUGGAACGGUGCACGCAGGGAGCCACCUCCUGAAGAAGACCGUCUGCGUGAAGGAGAGCGGCGGAGGAACGAGCUCUACAGGCAAUACUACGAGGAGCUUCAGCGGCGCUACGACACCGAGCGCCCUGUGGAUUGCUCAGUCAUUGUGGUCAACAAGCUGCAGAAGGAGUAUGCGGAGACGGUGGGCCGUAAGGUGCGCGACGUGGGCAUGGUGGUGGACCUGAUCUUCCUGAACACGGAGGUGUCCCUGUCGCAGGCCCUUGAGGACGUGGGCCGCGCCCACACGCCCUUCGCCAUCAUCAUCACCCAGCAGCACCAGGUGCACCGCUCCUGCACCGUCAACAUCCUCUUCGGCACACCGCAAGAGCAUAGGAACAUGCCCAUGGAAGACGCCAUGGUACUGGUGGAGCAGAACUUUGUGGCUUACAAGGCGGAGCACCGCGACAAGGAGCGCGAGGAGAUCGCCCGCAAGGCCGCCAAGAUGGCCGACGACGUGCUCAUGAGGGAGCUCGACACGGAGGCACACCCCGUCUCACUGCUGUCCACCAUCACACUGCUGUCAGAGAACAGGUUCCUGACGCCAGAGGAGCUGGACCGGCUGCAGGAGUACCUGCGUGACAAGCGUGAGCGACUGGUGAGAGGCGGUGCUGACGGUCGCAGUGCCAAGCCCCUGCCGUCGGCCGCGGCCUCCUUACACAUGCCCUCCACCACGGCCUACAGGCACGCCGCCCCAGAGGCAGCCUACGAGGGCUCCCAUGCCGUCCACGCUGCUCCCGAGAUGUCCCAUGAGCCCAUGGCCCCGCCCCCGGUCUCCCACCAGUCUGCCGGCCCGCCCCCCACCGCCGCCUCCUCCAAUCAUCAGCAGGAGCUGCAGGCCAAGAUCCUGAGUCUCUUCAACAGCGGCAGCUCCGCCUCCUCCGCCGUUCCACCGGUGUCUCAGGGCUAUGGCUCUGCCAUGGGCAGCCAACAGGCCGGCCUCCCGCCUCCCAAGAUGAGCCCCCAGCCUCGGGGCCCCCCCCAGGGCGUGCCCCCUCCCGGCUACGGCCCCCCUCCCCCCGCCGGCCGCAUGGGCGCCCCGCCACCUAGUGCCCCGCCCGCGCGCCCGCCCCUCUCCACCGGCACGGGGGGCAUCAACUUUGACAACCCCAGCGUGCAGAAGGCCCUGGACACGCUCAUCCAGAGUGGGCCCUCCAUCAACCACCUGGUGAACUCUGGUAGUGCGCCGCCCCCCGCAGGCCCUCGCCCAGGCAUGGGGCCGGGGCCGGGGAUGGGCCAAGGCAUGCCCAUGUCCCACUAUGGCCGGCAUUACUGAGCAGAGACCUGGCCAGUCUGACUCCACACGGCACCUGAUGGCAGUCACAGACGGAACAAGACUCUAGCUUGUUGUUCAGAGCAUCUAUGUUUUGUGUGAACACUCAAGAGAAGAGGCAAGUGACCAGAUUGGUGUUGCCCUUGCUGGGCUGGGACUGCCUAGGAACAACACCCUACCCAAUGGUGCACAUUGGGACUGAUAUGCCCGUAGGGCAGGUUCUAUAUUUUGGUCUUCGUAAAUGCUUUUUAUUUUCACGAGAUUACACUUUUCUAAGCCUGUGUCGGCAUGUAGAUUUUUUUUAUUGUUAUUAUUAUUGAGAAAAAUGCUAACUUGUGACUCUUUUUUCAUGGGGAAAUCUAGCAGGUAGACGACUGCAUGUACAGAAUUAAUUUACUUUCACGCUCUGAAUUUAGACGAUUCUGAACAUUGAUGUUGCUUUUACUCAUUAUUCUGAAUCUGAAUUUGUAAAUAUCUGACAAGCCCAAGGGCACUAAAAUUAAGAUGUGUGAAGAAUAGUUUAUCAUUUUUCUUUUUUUCUGUAAACAUGGUGUCAUAAUAAAGCUUUGUACACAGGAGCUUUAAUAAAAUGGUCUUUUAUUGCA